GCUACGCCCUGGAGGCCAAAAGCCUGGCUGAGGGCUCUGCAGAGGGGGGGUGCUCGCCUCCUCCUGCACCCCGUCUCGUGUCGCCUGUUCUUACUGUGGAGGAGCCGGGUUUCGCCGCUGUGGAGCUGUGCCACCAUGGAGAAGACAACUGUCUGACUGCAAGUGAGGGAGAAAUGGAGGAGAUGAGUGGCCACUAUCCAGUCUGUGAGGACAUGCAGAGGAAGGAGCAAAGAUUACCAUUCCAGAUCUUCCCUGACCCCGUCGAGGUUGAUCUGGGCCCAGAGACCGCCUUGAACAGCCUCGACCACAACAGCGAGAAGGAGCGUCUGCCUUCCAUCGUUGUCGAGCCCACUGAGCUGAGCGAGGUGGAGAGUGGAGAGCUGCGCUGGCCUCCAGAGAACAUGGACAUGGAGGAGGAUGAAGAGGACCUGUUCUUGGAGCAGUGCAUUCCCCCGGCAAACAUUGCAGACUGGGGCGAAGAGGAAGAGGAAGAGGAAACAACAGUUCUACUGAACCCACAGCAGGGCUUGACACUCAUUGACCUUCAGUCAGAUGCAUUUAGAGAUGACACCCCCACACUUCCACCAAGCAGCGCUCCAGCCCUCAACUGACUCCACCUCUGACCAUUCUACGAG